AUGCAGGCAUACCACUCGCAAUGCAGAUACCUGCACGCCGAAUAUCGCGAUACAUCCACUUGGUUGGUCUCCCACUCCUCCAACGUCCACGACUUGGCUGGUCGAAAGACAUACGUCCGCAUAGCCCCCCACGAGUUUGGAAUAGCUAACAUCCAAGUCUAUCGCACCAUCCACCGCAUAGGUUCCGACUUCAACGAAAGCCCAUGGUACCAGAAGCAAGUGCCUCCCCAAUACACUGACGAGACAUGCGGCGUUCUCGGCAUCUUCAACAACAAAACUACCUGCCGACGCCGUCGACUCUUCGAGGCCGGCGGCACCAGGAAUAUUGUUGCAGAGUGGAAGCCGCAGGUUACUGAGCUGGCUGACCUCACCGUGCAGCGCAUCAAAGCCGAUCUGGAAGCCGGCCAGGGCGAUGUCAUGAAAUGGUGGAUGUUCCUGGCCUCAGAUGUUACGGGGGGCUUUGCGUUCGGCGGGCCCUUUCGAAAUCUAAAGAAUGGCACCAAGAGCGGCUUGGUGCAGGAUAUCAAGGCUGCAAUGCCGAUUAUCGGUGUGCACACAGAACUGCCCUGGCUGAAGCCCCGUUCUAGACAAUAUUCCUACUUGGGGCGGGAUUACGUGGAGUGUGCGACUUGAUCGCUUCGUCGACUAUGGAUGGGAUGCUGUGCGAGCGACCGGUGCUUCACUUCCGUGAGUGCCCGCGCGUUACACUGCACCCGAGCACGGCCGAGGCGAUUAUGAAGAUGAUGGAUACAUUUGCGAUUAAGCCUACGGAGGACAAAUGUCUUGUUGUACCCGAGUGAGUGGCAGGUAAGCUGUCCAAAGAUGGGGACGCCGUUGGCUUGCCACGCUGGGCG